AGAACUGAACAGGAAGUGUUGAGUUUACAUGUUUAGCCUGGACAAGUGUCCCUGCUCUAAACCUUAAACUGAUGAGUAACCACACAUCGCUGCUCCUGCCGUUGUGUGUUCAUGUGAGGUUGUGUUUGUGAGUUGGUGUGUGUGUGUGUGAGUGUGUGUGUGUGUUGUGUGUCAUCAGCCCCACCCAUCAUGUCCCCAAACCCAUCGACGCUCCACCCACGUCCAUCAGUGUGUUUUCUCCUCCUCCUGCUCCUGCUCACCCCCUCCUCCUGCACGUCAGCCCGGAAAGACCCGCUCCAGCCCAGCCCCGAGACCACAGACCAGAACCAGGCUGAGGCCGAGACCUGGGACCGGAGCCAGAGCGAGACUGAGACCUUGAACCAGAGCCAGGGUGAGACUGAGACCCAGACCCAGAACCAGGGCCAGAGCCAGAGUGAGACUGAGAACCAGAACCAGAGCCAGGGUGAGACUGAGACCCAGAACCAGAACCACAGCCAGAGCGAGACUGAGACCUUGAACCAGAGCCAGACUGAGACCUUGAACCAGAGCCAGACUGAGACCUUGAACCAGAGCCAGACUGAGACCUUUAACCAGAGCCAGAGUGAGACUGAGACCUUGAACCAGAGCCAGAGUGAGACUGAGACCUUGAACCAGAGCCAAAAUGAGACUGAGGCCCAGGUCAAGAACGAGAACCAGACCCAGGUCGAGAACACGACCCAGGCCGGGACCCAGAGCCAGGCUAAGACCCAGAACCAGGACCGGACCCAGGCUGAGACCGGGAACCAGAACCAGACUCGGGUAGAGGUUGAGACCCAUACCCAGGUCGCAACCUUGAACCAGAUCCAGGCCGAGACCCAAAACCAGCUCAACACAACGCAAGGUGGUGAUGUUGGCAUUGGAAAUGCAGCCGAGCUGGACUCCAGUGAUGCGGCGUUGAACAUUUCGCCUUCUGUUCCAGACCUGAAUGACACCAGCCACGUUCUCGUCCCGUCUCCUGAUUCUAUGGAAAACACUCCUGAACUGGACCUAAGUGGACCGUACAAGAACCAUACCUCUGUCAGACACCAGUUAAAUGACUCUACGGCGUCCCUCAGACCUCCGGAGCCUUCGCCCACCGUGCCACCCAAUCAGCAGCCAGCGGCGCCAAAUGACACGGGUCACUAUGCCAAUGCCACAGUCCCCGACCAACAGACUGUUCAUCCUGACCUGGGUGUCGGCACUAGUCCCACUACGACCACCACCACGACAUCUACAACCACGACGACAGCAUCUACAACCAUGACAACAACAACAGUGGCUCCGCCCCCUCCGACCACAGCAAAACCAACACCCACGACUCAUACCACCUCCUUACAGACUCCGCCCCCCACACUGCAGCCUAAACCAGCGGUCCCAGUCCCGACGUCCACUCCUUCCCGUCCAGCGACCCCCAGCGUUGCCGUGGUGGAGAUGGCGGGCGGAGCUCUGAGCCGGCAGCUGGUGGACACGGCGUCACUGCUCGCCGUCCUGCUCUUUGGGUUGCUCUUCUUCCUGGUCACAGUGGCGGUGUUCGUCACGCAGGCCUACGAGAGCUACCGGAGGAAGGACUACACGCAGGUGGACUACCUGAUCAACGGCAUGUACACCGACUCUGGGGUCUGACGCAGCGAGGGGGCGGGGUUUGUCCAUGUGGGCAGGACCGGUGGCAGCUGUGGAGAUGUGUUUGGAGUCAGACUCCAAGACGAGGUGAUCCAGAGAAACCAGGACCUGAAGCAGGACCUGAACCAGGAUCUGUGUGUCAUAACCUUUUUCACAUAGUGCUUUGUUCGAUCAUUCUUCUCCUGAAUGUAAUGAGUUUGUCCUGUUUUCUUUUCCUGAACAUAAACGGCUGAAGCAGACGUUUCCUCUACUUACACCACGUUCACAUUGCAG